AUGGUUUCAAAAUUGAGGGAUGGGAAAUUUAAACUUCUAAAUCCACGAGUGUUUUUAGCCGUGGCUGGUUCCACUGGGGUCAAAAACCUUUACGGUAGUACAAUACAGAUAAAACUGAUAAAUCUAGUGAUACCUCAUCCGUUGUACAACCCAAGAAAUAUGCAUCACGACAUUGGCCUAUAUCGACUCACGGAGCCGUUUAGGAUAACCCGAUUUGUCUAUCCAUCUCCUAUUCCGAAUUCUGUUGAUAAUACGCUCGCCCAAACCAAAUUUCCAAUCUGUACCGUCGUGGGCUGGGGGCGGUUAAAGCCAGGUUCGGAUUAUAAGUAUAACGUACCUGCUGACAGACACUCAAUAUUUAUACAGGUAGGCUACGGUGAUAUGCUAAGGAAAGUUCGAGUGCCAUUGAUAACCACCGAAAAAUGUCGGCACCAAAUCUAUCCGGGUGUCAGAAGAGACAGUCAGCUAUGCGCAGGGGUUGACGAAGGCGGCAUUGAUAGUUGCCAGGUGAAAGCCUCUUCAGAGUCCCCAUAA